AUGGCAACAACGACAUUGAGUAACUCUGAAAGAAGAACAUUACAGUCAUCACAAAAGGAACGCGGCUGCUUCUUUGCAUACUCCUCUCACUCUCUCAUAUAUCGUACUAUCAACGUCACUAUCGCCUAUGUUCUCUACACAUUUAUUACUUUCCUAUUGAUCGGGUUUACGCUGUAUAUUGUCUUCAGAUUUUGGACUAAACCGACUAGUGAAUGGGUGACCGCAAGCGAUUAUGGAAGUUCAGUGUACGGUGCUGUGUUUAUCUGUGCCCAUUGGGUCGGUGGAGUUUUGGUCAACCUGUGUGGCUGUGUGACAGCCUCGAUAUUCGGCUUUAUUUACAUCUUCACUCGCUCUACAGUCGGGGGUGCAGCCACGGAUCUCCCAUUCGCAAUGUACGGCAUCCUGCUCAUAUCAUACGCCAUGUUAACGAUUUUCUAUGCGCAACGCAAACAAAUCGCUAUCCACAAACGAUGGGCGGUAAGAACGUUUGCACUCGGAAUUGGAUCUGCAUUGUAUAGGCUCUACGUGUCGCCGAUAUUUAUUUAUGCCGUUUCGGACAGGCAGAGCAGCGUUGCUGGGGAAUUGGACUAUGAGGAAAAAGUGAAAUGGUUGACGGUCGCCGCAUGGCUUUUUUUCCUUCCCAAUUUGGUCGUUGCAGAGAUAUGGAUUUUGUGGUAUUGGGGAUAUGAAGUGAGCGAGGAUGAUAUAAGAAAUGCUGAACAGAGUAAUGGGAGAGAUCCAGAAGUGCGGCAAGUAUGA